CCAAUGUCGUUACCUCUACCAAGAUGGCCACCGGUCUUGUCUGUCUCACUGUUGGUACUCUAUGAUCAGUGACAGCAAUAAACCGGUGUCAUGGCGGCUGGAUGGGAGUGAGCUGGUGAUGUGUGCCUUCACGGAGGGCAUUACAGAGUAAAAACGCAUUAUACAGAAUGGAUGAGGAAAGCCUGGCCGCUGCUUUGCAAACAUACAGGGCUCAGCUUGAGCAGGUGGAGUUGACCCUGGGUGCUGGUGCUGACCCGUCACAGCAGGCAGAUCUCGUUCAACUCCAGGGGGAUUUACAGCAACUGAUAGAACUAACCGAAUCCAGCUUGUUAUCUGUGCAGAAAUGUAACCUUCUGUCAGCGCUAGAAGGGCCUCAGUCCACAGCAGCGCCCGAUGAUGAGUAUGAAGCUUUCAGAGAAGCCAUCGGUGAGUUGAGCCAGGACGUCCAGUCUUCAGUGACCAAUAAUGCAGCAUCUAGUAGUCCAGAUGUUUCGGAAGAAGAGGGGGAGGAAGAGGAAGACACGUGUGGGAUGAAGGUGAAGGCUCCAUAUUACAGCACAUGGGGCACCCUGGAGUAUCACAACGCAAUGAUUGUCGGCUCCGAGCAGAUGGAGGAUGGAAGUCCCGGGGUACGCGUUCUAUACCUCUAUCCCACUCAUAAAGCCUUGAAGCCAUGUCCGUACUUCUUGGAUGGAAAGUGUCGUUUCAAUGAGAGUUGCCGCUUUUCCCAUGGCCAAGUGGUUCCUGUUGACGAACUCCGAACAUUUGAAGACCCAGAUCUCGGCAGUCUUGGUAUCGAUACUGCUUGUCUUGCCAAGCACGAUGAUGGCAUCUGGUACCCAGGACGAAUUAUAGAUGUUAACGACGGUUUGUACACUGUGAAGUUCGACUCUCUGCUUCUCAAAGAAUCCGUUUUAGAGGCUGAUGCCAUCAUUCCUCCACUUCGAGAGAGUGACAGUUCAACCUCCGAUGAAGAUGAAGAAUAUGAAGGACUCGAAGAUUCUGGGUUUGCCAAAGUUCUUGGAGGGACCGAGGAGAGUGGAGAAACUAUACCAUGCAGUUCUGCAUUUGCGGGAUGGGAGGCUCACACACGAGGGAUUGGAUCCAAGCUUCUAGCUCAAAUGGGAUACGAGUUUGGAAAAGGUCUCGGAAAGAAUUUGGAAGGGCGAGUUGAGCCCGUCCUGGCUGUGGUAUUGCCGAAAGGUAAAUCCCUGGACCAGUGUGCACAGAUUCAGCAACGGAUUAAGCAGAAGAAACGUGGGAAAGGGCAGAACCCACCAAAAGUCAAAAGGAAGAAACGGCAGACGGACAAUAAUCGCCGCAAUGUUUUUGACUUUCUCAAUGAGAAGCUGGUUGGAAGAGUCUCUAACAGUCAGGCUGGGAAGACCACAAGCAUCACAGAGAGAAAGGGGAAGGAGCUAUAUAAUGCCAGCCAGGACAGCAAAAGGGCACUGAAUGUGCAAGUUGCCAAGACCGCAGAAAGGAUUCAGCAAAAACAGCGGGAGAUUGGCCGAUUAACGGAAGCAUUGGCGCGAAACGUUGGACGGGAGAGCGUUGUAAGCUCGCAGCUGGAGUUACGCUUAUCGAAUGCUCGCUCGGAGCUGACGGGGCUACAGCAGGAGGAGCGCACUCUGCAGAGACAGCAAAAAAAAGCAGACACUCAUAAGAAGAUGACGGAAUUCUGAGUGUGCACAGUGUAAUAUCCGCACUCGCUCUCUGUAUUGAGACUUCAGUUUGCUAUAUGCUGCUGUGUAAAACUGUACAUUUACCUGAUGUCCCCCGGAUUAUGUAAUAUAUCGGUUUUGAGUAAAUAAAUGUUGGAUUUUUUUAAAAUAAA